AUGUUAAUGCGCGAAAACAUGAAACAAUCCAUGAUCCAAUCAGUAAACCACACCAACUCCGACCUGACUUUGACUCCUAUUUUAAACAUGAACAAGAAAAACUAUCAAAACAUCGAAACCAGCUUCGCUUGUCCAGACUGCGAUCGUGUUUAUAAGUUGAAGAGCUCCUUGCGCAACCAUCAGAAGUGGGAGUGCGGAAAGGAGCCGCAAUUCAAGUGUCCUUAUUGCUCCUACAAGGCCAAGCAAAAAAUGCACAUGGCUCGUCAUAUGGAGCGCAUGCACAGAGAGAUCGAUUAUUCGGCGAUCAAAACCGAAAUCAAAUCUGAGUCGAUAAUUGCUGAUAAAGCAAACAAUGAACCGCCAGCGCAGGCGAUGCAACCGAUGUAG